UCGUAGUUCCGGCUGCCGGCGCAGACGGAACAAAGUGUCCGGUUCCGUGCGGAGCUCCUCUUCGGUCCGUGUGAAGCUCUCAGCAGAAGAUGGGGGAGGCGGACGUGACACUGACUCAGACCGACGAGAAGCCUCCCGACUCGGCGCUGGUUCCCGGGGAGGACUCGGUGGUGUGGAGCCACGAGGUGGAGGUCUGCCUGUUCCACGCGAUGAUCGGACACAAACCCGUCGGUGUGAACCGUCACUUCCACAUGAUCUGUAUCCGAGACAAGUUCAGUCAGAACAUCGGUCGCCAGGUCUCCUCCUCCGUCAUCUGGGACCAUCUGGGGACCAUGUACGACAUGCAGGCUCUGCACGAGUCUGAGAUAUUGCCAUUUCCAAACAAUGAGAAGAGUUUCUCUCUGCCUGAUGACAUCAUCCAGGAAGUAAAAGAAGGUAAGCUCGGCUCAGAGGAGGAGACCAAAGAGGAGUUCAGGAUGGAGAGAGAACCGCCAGCGACACACGAAGAAGGAAGUAACUCGUCGGUGAAGAUGUCGGAGCGAACGAGCAGCAGCCGGGACAAGGAGAGAGAGCGAGACAAGGAGAAGGGAGGGAGUGAAGGCGGGGGAGGAGGAGGAGGCGGAAGUGGUGGUGGAGGAGGAGGUGGAGGAGGAGGAGGAGCCAAGGAGGCAGAGAAGAGGAAGAGGAGCCGAGCUGCCGAGAAACUGCUGUCGUCUUCCAACCCUGCGAGUCCGGGAGGAGUAAAGAGGAGACGCACCUGAGGGACGGACGAAGAGAGAGAGAGAGACAGAAGAGAUGAGUGUGAGAGAGAGGAAGAGAGAGAGAGAGAGAGAGAGAGAGAGAGAGAGAGAGAGAGAGAGAGAGAGCGCGUGUGUAGGAUGAAAAGUUAACAAGUGAGGAAGGGGCCGGCAAACCUGCAAGCUUUAUGUCAGGUGACGAUGUGCUGUCCGAUCUGCGCGUCAUGCCAACAGGAACCAGCCGGCGUGAUGUUGUCAUGUGGAGAGAAAAAAACAUUUACGUGGCCUCUGAUUGGCUGCGACCUGCCCGUCAAUCAACAUCUGCCGCUUUGCCUCGCAGCAGCUCUUCGUCAUUUGAUCAGAGUGGGCGGAAGUGACUCGUCUGGAUGCCGCAGCCCUCCAUUUUUUUAAUUUAGUAUUUUUAUUAUAUUGUUGUGUUAGAGAAGGAAGACGGUGGGGGUCCCCCCCCCCCCUCCAUGUUUUAAAAUCAGACCUUUCUUUUUUUAGUUUCCGUUUGAUUCGCUCAGUCUGACUCACUCGCAGCAAUAACUGAACCUGGGAGACGCCAGGGCGUUGAAAUAUGAAAUAUAUAUCGCCUAAAUGAAAACGGAAGCAAUGUCAGCAUCAUCCUGACGGACAAUAAUUCUGUCACUUAUUAUUCAACCAUAACUUUUAGGUUGCAUAUGAAAGUUCACAGUGUUUAUACUCGGUAACAUUUACAUUUGUUGUAUGUUUGGUUUUCCAACUUAGGCGAAACCUGCUGUCGACCCUCAGGUCGAUUAAACGUUUGAAAGCAUUAAAGACUUUAAAUUAUUUCUCCACAGGUGAACUUUACUCUCUUGCAACAACUACACAUCAGGGCAGGGCAAAAAUCAAUGCAGCAGAAGUGUUGUUUACUUUUAUUCCAUACCAUGACUGUACAUAAAGAUGGACGACGCGUCUGCACUUCCUCA